CUCACAGUUUUAAACGUAUAUAUAAAUGACAAAUUGUUGAAAUUUAUUACAUUUUCAUUAAGAAUUUGUAACUGUCUCCAUAUUAGAAUUCCAAGAUGUAUAAAAUUAUAUGUCUAUUUAUCGUUUAUUUUGCUGUUGGACAAGGAGACGAUAAUCGAUCAAUUCAAGUAAAAUGGGGAAAAAUUUAUCGAGGAUUGUCUCCUCUUCUAACAGUAAAAUGCAAUAAAAAUCAAACUACUAUUACUUGGAAUAAAUCGGUUUCUGACAAAGAAAAUGCUUUAAGAGCCACUUAUGAAUUUAACUAUAUCUCAAAAAACGUAACACGAUAUGCUAAUUCUUCAAAUUUGUGCAUUUCGGCAGAAAAAGAUAGUUUUGAAGAAGUUUUUCAGGCAUUUACAUUGAAAACCAUGGCAAAAGCCGACAGUUGUCCUAUUCAAAAGGGAACGGAAGUUUCUUAUUCGAUACCAUUCAAUUAUAGUUAUUCCAUUACUAAAUCAGGUGGAUGUGGUGAAUUUAGUGCAACAAUUAAAUUAUUUAAAAAAAGUCAUAAAACCAACUUAUUUCCAAUAUUGACAAAUAAGUUUGGAGGAAAUCUCGUUGGCUGUUAAACUAUGUCAUAAAUUCAAAAUGGCAGAU